CCCCACCAUCGGUCCCGACGCGGCAGCUACGCGGCGCCCCGGCCAGGCCCCCCACCGUCGGAAGUGGGCCGCCUCCCAGUCCGUCGUCUGGAGGCGUUGAGGGAGUCUGGCUACAGUGUUCUCCGUCCACCUUCUGUCUAGAAGACACUUCACCUCGAACCAUGAAUCUCGACAUUCAGUGUCAGCAGCUGAGUGACGCCCGGUGGACGGAGCUCCUGCCUCUGAUCCAGCAGUACCAGGUGGUCAGGUUGGACGACUGUGGCCUCACGGAGGUGCGGUGCAAGGACAUCUGCUCUGCCCUCCAGGCCAACCCCUCGCUGACCGAGCUGAGCCUUUGCACGAAUGAGCUGCACGAUGCCGGGGUGCGGCUGGUGCUCCAGGGCCUGCAGAGCCCCAGCUGCAGGAUCCAGAAGCUCAGCCUCCGGAACUGCUGCCUGACGAACACCGGCUGCGAGGUCCUGCCCGACGCGCUGCGCUCCCUGCCUACCCUGCGAGAGCUGCAGCUCAGCGACAACCCGCUGGGGGACGCGGGCCUGCAGCUGCUCUGCAAAGGACUCCUGGACCCCCAGUGCCACUUGGAGAAGCUUCAGCUGGAGUACUGCAACCUGACGGCCGCCAGCUGUGAGCCCCUGGCCGCAGUGCUCAGGGCCUGGAGGCACGUCAAGGAGCUUGUGGUAAGCAACAACGACAUCGGCGAGGCUGGCGUGCAGGCGCUGUGUCGGGGCCUGGUGGACUCUGCCUGCCAGCUGGAGACGCUCAAACUGGAGAACUGCGGCCUCACGCCGGCCAGCUGUAAGGACCUGUGCGGUGUCGUGGCCUCCAAGGCCUCGCUGCAGGAGCUGGACCUGGGUGACAACAAGCUGGGUGACCAGGGCAUCGCCACACUGUGCCCCGCGCUGCUGCACCCCAGCUCCCGGCUCAGGGUCCUGUGGCUCUGGGACUGUGACAUCACCACCACGGGCUGCAGAGACCUGUGCCAAGUGCUCAGGGCCAAGGAGAGCCUGAAGGAGCUGAGCCUGGCAGGCAAUGCGCUGGGGGACGAGGGUGCCCGGCUGCUGUGUGAGAGCCUGCUGGGGCCUGGAUGCCAGCUGCAGUCCCUGUGGGUGAAGUCCUGUGGCCUCACGGCCGCGUGCUGCCCCCACGUCAGCGCGAUGCUGACCCACAACAAGCACCUCGUGGAGCUGCAGAUGAGUGACAACAAGCUGGGCGACUCCGGUGUCCAGGAGCUCUGCCAGGGCCUGAGCCAGCCUAGCGCCACGCUGCGGGUGCUCUGGCUGGGGGAAUGCGACGUGGCCAACAGCGGCUGCAACAGCCUGGCCUCGCUCCUGGUGGUCAACCGCAGCCUGCGGGAGCUGGACCUCAGCAACAACUGCAUGGACGACCGGGGCAUCCUUCGGCUGAUGGAGAGCCUGGAGCGGCCUGACUGUGCGCUGGAACAGCUGGUCCUGUACGACAUCUACUGGACGCAGCAGACUGAGGACCUCCUUCAGGCCCUGGGAGAACGCAAGCCAGGCCUGCGGAUUAUCUCCUGAGAGGCCUCCUGCCCCUCCCCCUCCGGACCUCCUGGCUGAGAAUGAAGAGAAGGGUUCAAAUCGAUGGACUUCUGUGGGAAAGUUUCAGACACUUUUAUUAAAGCACUUUUUUUGGCA